CUUCAUAAGAGAAACACGGCAGUGUGAGAACCAUCAGUCAUUUGACACAACGUGUUCUGUUAUUGAAGCUCAAAGAAGGAACGGUCACCGUGUAGAAUGAGAGAACUUCAUUUCAAAGACAACUUUUGGAACACUGACAUCACCUGCACUGGUGGCUAUGACAACAUUAUUCAGCAUCUGAAUGAUGGCAGGAGGACUUGCAAAGAGAUUGAAGACUUCAUGAAAGCAAGAGCCACAAUAGAGGAGAAGUACGCAAAGGAGCUUCUUGGUUUAUCAAAGAAAGUGUGUGGACAUAAUGAAAUGAAUACACUAAAGCGAUCCCUAGAUGUUUUUAAGUUACAAACCGAAAAUGUGGGCUUGUCCCAUCUUCAGUUGGCUCACACCAUACGAGAGGAAGCAAAAAAGCUGGAGGAUUUCAGAGAGAAACAGAAAGAAGCCAGAAAAAAGCUAGAACAUCAGAUGGAUGGCCUACAUAAGCAGAAGACCACGCAAUACAAGAAAACCAUGGAGUCCAAGAAGACUUAUGAGCUGAAGUGCCGAGACAAAGAGGAGGCUGAGCAAAACAUGAACAGGAGUGCCACCACAAGCAGCGCCAAACAGCAGGAGAAGUUGUAUUCAAAAGCACAGCAAGCCAAGAAUUCAGCUGAGGAAGCAGACAACAUGUACAAUAGCAACGUGUGCUCGCUGGGGAAGCUCAGGGACGAAUGGCAGAACGAGCAUGUCAAAGCAUGUGAGUUCUUUGAGAACCAGGAAGCGGAGCGGAUCAGCACUGUCAGGAACAUGGUGUGGACCCAUCUCAAUCAGCUCUCUCAGCAGUGUGUCACAAGUGAUGAGUUGUAUGAAGAGGUGAGAAAGUCACUGGAACAAUGUAACAUCCAGGAAGACAUUGAGCACUUCAUCAACCUCAGGAGAACUGGAGACAAACCACCAGCACCUAUACCAUAUGAAAACUUCUAUAGCAACCAGAGAGCUCCCCCGCCACGCCAACCCCCUACAAUCACCAGAAGGAUGCCACCCAUUCCAGACAGCAAUGCAUCAGGUGAUGUUCUCUACUCAAGCGUGACAGACCCAAGCUACAGCACCAUACGAUACUGAUCACUAAUGGUUAUAUCUUUUUUGAAUGACACUUCAUCCCUGUAUGGUUCUAAUCACUAGAAAACCAUCUGGGUUCUGUUUGUGGUUUCUACCUACUGAAGAGCGCUGUGACAGUCAUCAUCCCUUCUGUUGGGGAGAAAAAACAAUGUUUUUGGCUUUUGAUUAUGAAGUGGAGUGAUUUUGUAAAUAUGGAAUACAUAAUUUAGAACUAAAUGUAAGAGUAAGUUAUUUAUUGACAGAUUGCAAACAUUGUAAUAAAAACACUGGAUUUGA